AUGUCGACCUCUAAGCUACCCUGCAUUCCUUCUCUCCGGAAGCAACAGCUUCACCUCGAAUUCGCGAGCUUAAAACAUGCCGCACCGCCAGGGGUCUACGUGAGUCUCUCGCCGGGGGACCCAACACUAUGGAAUGGUGUGAUAUUUGUUCGAUCAGGCGCGUCAAUCCGCAAGGACCGGUGGAAUCCAAUACUAAUGUCUCGCCAAUCUACAGGUCCAUACGCAUCAGCCGUACUCCGCCUCCAACUCCGUUUCCCUGACACCUACCCCGAUCUCCCACCUAUCGUCACCUUUUCUACCGACUUGUUUCACCCAUUGAUCGUACCUCUCACCACAUAUACUUUCAGCACCGGCUCGGCAAGCGAUAACCCCGUUAGCGCGACAGACGACGAGCGAUUAUCACCGGGUGGAUUCAGCCUGCGACAUGGAUUCCCUCAUUGGUUUGGCAGAGCAAGACGUAGCGGUCUGGCAUCGGGAGCUACAUCAAGAAACGUGAGUGGAGCCAGCGCGAGUGCCGUGGAAUCUGGACAAGAAAACCCGGUAGACACAGUGACGCAUGAUGGUGCUUCCGACGUGUCAGAACCUCCAGGGGCUUCCAAGACCGAAACAGCGACGAGUGAAGAAUGCGAGAAGCGCAGUUCACCUUUGGCCAAAGUGCCUACCUAUCAUAUGCCCGAACCCAGGAAUGUCGUCCCUGUGUCCGAGAUAUUGAAUUAUAUUCGGUCAACUUUCGACGAUGAAUCAGUUUUGGAUUCGCUACCGGAGGAGGCGGCCGGAAAUCCGGGAGCAUGGCAUGCGUGGAAGGCACAUCGUCGAGGGGGGUCUGGUCCUGGAAACUUCAAAAAAGGAAGCCCUCAGGCUCGACUACCCGGUGACUGGCACUGGGAUGGAAUCUGGGCUCGUCGAGCAAAGGAAGAGAUCGAGAACUCUCGCUCCGAACCAAUGCUGUUUGGGAGUGCCGCUCGUGGUAUGGAUGAAAUGAUUCGUUUCUCGCGGUUGGAUGAUGCGACGUCGGGCUCGAUCAAAGAAAAGAUGACUGCAAUGGCAGAACAUGGUUUAUAA